AUGAACGUAGUCGCAUCGAUAUGUGAACCGCGGACGACAGUCGGCGAAACCUUCGCUUUUAUGGGCCUUAAGCCAGAUGGGAUGGGAGUGGAUUGGGUGGGCGAAAAAAGCGUUGGCAGGAAGCCGUCGAAAGCAAGUAACGGGUCGGUUCAAAGGAAGCACUUCAAAGGCGCCGACUUGUCGUCCGUUCAUCAAACACCGGCCAUCUCGGUCACCUGGGCUCCCUACGCAGCGAAGGCAGAAUUGCUUCCAUUGUAUCGAACCGUGCAAGCCGGUCGAAGGUACAAAGGACCCAAUUCGGCCCAUCUCCAAAAAAACGCUCUGAAACACACCGGGAUGUUUGCGGCAAAAAGUUUGACACAUCACUCACCGGUCAUUGUGUACGACCACUUCAAGGCAAUCGUCACUGUGAUCGUAAUCGAAACGGACCAACCCGUCGAAGCUACUCAAUAA